AUGAUGCGCCGCAGUUUUUUUCGGUGGGUAAAAAAAGUUGAUGUGUGUGUGAUUGGUGGUGGGCCUGCAGGUGUUGCGACGGCCUUGCGUGCGGUGGAUUAUAAUAAAAAGGCAUGUAUUAUUGAGGCAGACCGAAUUGGAGGAGCGGAUCUUUGGAAUGGUGCACUACAGUCCAAAACUUUAUGGGAAAUGGCCAAAUUUGUCCGAUUAAUGACUGGUCAAACAGCGCAUCGUUUUAUGAAGCCCCUUAAACCUCUUCCCACUAUUGAUGCCUCAAAUGCACAGGAAGCCAUUAAAAAUGCCGCCGAGUUUCGAUAUAACCAAAUACUUCAUCAACUAAGGAUUGUUGACAUUGAUGUUAUCAAUGGCCGUGGCGCAUUUGUUUCCCCUUAUUGCGUAGGCAUUCAACUUUCUUCUGGAGGUACAGAGUUGGUGGAGGCGGAUUAUUUUGUUAUUGCCUGUGGAGCUAAGCCACGGAAGCAUGCCUCUGUGAUUGCGGAUGGUCAGGUUGUUUUUACCUCAGAUGAUAUUAUGCAGAAAGCUUUUCCAAAAAGUAUUGUUAUUAUUGGAGCAGGUGUGAUUGGCUGCGAGUUUGCAUCUAUAUUUGCCAACUUUGGCAUGACAAAAGUGAAUGUCAUUGAAAAAAGCAAUCGUAUUUUACCCAUGGAGGAUGAUGAUGUGGCGGAAUUUGUUCAAAAAUUACUUGAAAGUAAAGGGGUGAACAUUCAUCAUCAUUCAGCUUUGGAGAGUAAUAAAGUGGAAAAUGGGAAAUUCCAUUAUACGCUGAGAAAUGUAAUAGACAAAUCAUUGGCUACCCACGUUGUGGAUAGUGCUUUGGUUUCUAUUGGAAGAGAGCCCCAUUUGAGUGAUUUAGGGUUGGAAACGAUUGGGGUGGAACUUAAACAAGGCAAACUUGUGAGGGAUCAAUUUAAUCGCGUGCCACCUCACAAGCAUAUUUAUGCUUGUGGAGAUGUAGCUACUAGAGUUGCUCUUGUGAAUGUUGGGGAGUUAGAGGGUCGCACUUGCAUUGACCAUAUAUAUCUUCCUCAUCCUGAAGGUGAAUUUGUUCAAAAAUUAGACAACUUAUCGACGAUUAUGUUUUUGGAUCAAGAGGUUGCUGCAGUUGGCUUGAAUGAGCAACAAUGCCGUAAACAAAAUAUAGCGUAUAAGAUGGCUCGCUAUGGUUAUGAAUUUUUGGCGCGAGCUGUAGCUAUGGGAAAUACUAGUGGAUUUGUUAAGUUAAUUGUUACAAAUGACCUUGAGAUGAAGGUUCUCGGAGUGCGAGCUAUUGGACCUCAUGCAAGUAGUGUUAUAGAGUUGGCCUCUUUAGCAAUUCAUAAUAAGGAAACACUUCAUAGCUUGGGUGAACUUCGCACGGCAUAUCCAGCUGUUUCACAAGGAUUCCAAGAAUGUGUAAAUAUGCUUCUUGGGACUUCUGUAUUAAAACCGAAUGUUUUUCCACAACUUGUUCUUCAGGAGUGGUCUCCUUUCAACUUCGAUCACGGUAGGGCGUAUCAAAAUUAA